AUCAGAAAAAAUGCUUAAUUACUGCCGAAAUAACAUAACUCGUCGAUCGCUGUUCACGGCCGUCCGGCAGCACAACCGCGACCAGCUGGAUGAUCCGAAUCUGGCCCAUAUUAAGGAGCAGAUCGAGGCGGACAAGCAGAAACUCAAAUGGCGAGUACCGUUCAGUGAACGACCGGAUACUUUUAAAAGUACUUUCAAGGCAUUCGAAAUGCCCAACCGCAAUUCGGAACUGCUGGAAGCAAUGCAGCAGCCGGUGGACCUAUCGCCAAGCGGAAUUAAGAAAUGGUGGACCAACCGUCGUACGCGAAUUGAUUCAUAUAUGCAGAACUUUAUUCCGGAACGACAUGCCAUGCUGGGAGAUGAUUUGGCUGCCGCUCACUUCGUUGUUCACCGCGGUGGUUCGGUUAGAUUUCGAGGUCAAGAUCAGUGGGUUAAGAUGAACGAUAAAGAGGAGUACGAUCUACCAUCGAACUACAUCCCGAACAUGGUUCUCGAAGAGAUAAACUGCGACAACAUGACUCUCUACUACGAAGGUUUGGAGAACAUUCGCCGGUUGCGCUGCUUGACGCAUCUUUCCUUUCGCGGUGUUGUAAAUUUUGACGAUUGGUUUCUGGACCGUUUGUCCGGGUCGGAGUUUCCCCGUCUGCAGGUGCUGGACCUACGGGGAACGGCCGUCACCGAGAAGGGCCUGCAUUGUCUGUAUCGGCUGCCAAGCGUGCAGACGCUUCUGCUCGAUGAUCCCAAGCGCGACGUUAUGUGGGAGCUGACGGUAGCCCUGCUGGAGGAAUGGAAUCCACAGCUGGAAGUGAAAGCUGAGUAAUUAGCCUGCUAGAGACUUGGAGGAAAUGAUAUGUAUUAAAAAGAGUUUUACGACAGUAAGCAGUAACUGUUUUUCUGAUACAGUUUGCAACAUGCUCAUAGAAUAAAAAAACUUCAACUUUAAUGGUU